AUGGACAGUCCGCUGUAUGGACCGUUCGAAAAUGAGAUACUCGGCGAGAUACCUGUUCACAGUGGCUGGGGGCAGAGCGCCACUCAAAAGCUGGCCAUCGCGUACAAUGCUUGCGUGGCCAAUGAGAACCCCGACCGGCGAAGUCUGGACGAACUCAAAGCGUUAUUAGCAGAAAGCGGCUUCGAGAAGUGGCCCCUUGUUAGCAAAAAUAAGAAGAACCUUGGCGACUACAAUGCGGUGCUGCUCAAAACUGGGAUGGCACCACUCUUCAGUAUGGGCGUGACAAGAGACACAAAGCACCUUUCACGCAACAUCAUUGUGUUGGACCAAGUCGGCUUCUCUCUCAUUGGACGAAACGAGCUCAUUAAACCGAAGAAGAAGAAAUACAAAAGAAGCGUGGAAGCUUACAAGGCUUUGAUCAGAACUGCUCUGAAUGUCAUGAAUCCGAAACUGAAGCCUGCUACUGUCAGCGACCUCACAGAAGAAAUAUUUUCUUUCGAGAGCCAGCUAGCCAAGAUGACUGCCUCUAAGGAGGAGAGACGGGACGUUCUUCGACUCUACAAGAGGACAACACUGCGAGAGCUCGAGAGAAAGUUUCGAGGAGCGGGCUUUGUUCAACUACAUGGGUUGGCGAGCGGUGCUUAUGAGAGCAAGCCACGCUUCCAAACGAUUCCGCGCAGCCAAUCUGGACUUCAGUAA